AAUAAAUUGUUGCGUACACCAGUGAAAGAUGUUUACGAUAACGAUGAUGAUUCUGAAGAGGCAUUGAGAAGUCCACUGAAGCAUGGUCGUGCCGCCUUGCUGGUAUCAGAGGUGAAGAACUGUGCCGCAUUGCCGCUACCAGUUAAAUAUGAACGUCUCUAUAAAUUGUUCGGUCAUAUGGAGCGAGUGAUUUUGAUUGGAAUUAUUAUUGCAGGUGGUUUCGAUUUUGUAUCGGCAGGAUAG